GGUGGCCGUAAUUUGCCCUAAGUAUUACUAAUUAGUUGGCUAAAAAUAUUUAUACUUUCUUGUGAUUGUGUAACAGUUUUUUGCUUCAAAUGGCUUUCCUUGCCCAUCAAUGAGGAAUCCAUCAGACCACUAUCUCAGGACAAUUAACAAAGACUUUGAUGUUGAUAUCGAACAAGGACUCGACGGAACCAUAACUGCAACGGAAGCAGUCAACGUACUUUCUGAUUCGUACAAGUCUUCAAAUGCCUACGAUCACGUUCAAAAACGAGUACAAGAUAUAUGUCUAAAGAGUGGAGAAGCAUUGGAGAAGAAGGGAAGCCAUGCAGGAUUUAUUACUCAAUGCGUUGUUCUAACUCAGAGAUCGUUUAUGAACAUGUAUCGUGAUCUCGGCUACUAUUGGCUUCGUCUAGCGAUAUAUAUCGCACUUUGCUUGUGUGUAGGAACUAUAUAUUAUGACAUUGGCCAUAGCUAUGGAUCAAUUCAGGUAAUUAAUUUCUUUUUUAAUGAACUUUUAUAUUGAUGAGAAUUUAAAUAAACUAAUUGAUGAAU